AGUACACAAAAAAGACUCAACAAAGUCGCGGAUAAAAAACAUCGUCAGAUUCCUGCAGAGUACCCGCCCAAGCACACAAAAAUCCUACUCGGACAAAUCUGGGGAUUUCAUUUGAUCCCCAUCACAAUUUGAUGCGCUGUGCUCACACCUCGUUCAUACGAGCAAAAGGAUUACUCGCCUCUUGUGCUCGCCAGCGACGGGUGCCGAUGGCCACAGCUUGCUCACCAAGUUGCCGCGCUGUUCUGACUGUCACUUGUGAGGGAACCAUUAUCCUGGCGUGAUGUUUCUCUGUGUUAGCGGGCGUGUACUUUGUGCUUGUGUGAAUCCAUCGCCUUUCUGAAAAGGUUUCGACUUUUUGUUCGCACCAAACAUAACUGUUUUUGUCCAUGACUGAGUAUCAAGGAGCACAGCGUGGCUGGCUAUGUGAUAUACACAUCACAUUCUUUUGAAAUAUUUAAGCCGACAGCCUAAGAAGAUGCCUAUAGAGGCGGAAGAAUUCACAGUUCGUAGAACAAAUCGCAGAAACAGAGAUGUCUGCAGUGCGUUCAUCAUGACGUGUGUGUCAGUUACUUUCGGUGCUGCUACAGCUUGUUCAAUGGUGUUGGCGGUAGCAACCGAUCACUGGCUCUUCACCUCGGAGCCUUACUUCUUCACGGCAGAGGAGCGGAGUAUGAUGAACCUCACAGACUUGAGCUCUAUCCCUAAAGUCCCGAUUCACGUCCGCUCUGGACUGUGGAGAGUGUGUACGGUCAACAUCCUCAAUGGUACCUUCCCGGACCAGUGUAUCUCUAUAGACUACCGACAGCCCGGCAGUGGCCGAAUGGAGGGCGCACGGACCUGCAUGGCUAUAGUAGGUGCCAUCCGUUAUUCCACUCCGAUGUUCGUGGGUGGCCUGGUACUGGUGGCUGUGGCGGUCGUGCUGCACUUUGUGGGGACGCUGCACCAGGACGUGAAGACGGUCAUCUCCGCUGUGCUUUACAUCGCCACCGGUUUGAGUUUAGCUGUAGGUAUCAUCAUCUACAUUUCCGCCAUCAACGACGAGGUGGGUUACAGUUUCAGGAACCGUCGACACAUCGACUUUGAGUAUGACUAUGGUUGGUCUUUCUACACAACCUGCCUCGCCUUCCUGUCCGCUAAGUGCUCAGCUGUGAUGUGUAUCAGUCAGUACCUUAAAGGAAAGCAUAGAAUGCAGGAUAUGGUCCAGAUCAUUCCAGGUCUGGAGGAAAAGCUGGAGGCGGACAAAAGCCGAGACGAGACGGAACCCCCGGACUGCCGCUCUGUUCGGGUCUGGGGCAGCCGCAAGUGCAAGGACAGGGACAAACUAAUCGGCCGAUUGAAUCGGAGCGGACUCUGGAGUGCGUGAUUUGUGCUACUUCCUGUGUGCAUUUGUUACAUUUCGUUUUGUGGAUAAUACACCUUUGUUGUUGCCGUUACUCAUUUGUUUAUAUGUAAAGUUGAUUAAAGAUAAUUUACUUUGCUCUUUAUUUUUACAUGUUCAUGUACCAAUUUGGUUUUUAAAAUAUUUAUUACUUAUAUUGAAAAAAAAAA